CGGAUCGUGUCGCAACGUCGAUGGCAGUCGCCAGCUGGUCGCCGGCCUGGUCUGGUGGUCCGUGUUCGGGUGUUCACGCACGCUCGUGCGAUCACGUCGACGACAUCGCGAGGCGCUUCUCCUCGCUAGCUCGCACAGCUAGCGUGGACCGCCUCGUGCAGAGCAGUGCCGUGACCCGUCACCACCUCUGUGAUAGCGCAUCCUCGGGAUGCACCGGACAGUUUGGUGAUAACGUAGGUGAUAAGUACAACUUGUGACUCGGUCAGGAGAUAGCGGCAUGUCGUCGGUGUUCUCGAAGCUGAUUGACCGCGCGUCAGCGCGCUACGGCAUUCGCCUGGAGACGAUGACGCGCGGCCUCAUCGGCAGCGCGUUCGCUCUCUACGCAUUGAAGCUCGGCUACCCGUACUUGGCAGCCAGCAUCAAGCGACAGCUACUGCGACACCAACAACAACGGUCUCAGAAGAGAGACCAAGGGAGUCAGCGCGAGGCCUCCAAGCGCGACGAGAAGAACGGUGUCGCUCGCGGUACCAACAACGACGACGAUGACCACGGCGAGGUCGCGCUGUUACCGGAAGACGCGGCCGGAAAUGUGGACAACGCCAACAGCGGGAAACCGUCGGUCGGACUGGAUCGUGCUUUCCUGCGGCAGCUGCUGAUGUUGCUACGAAUUAUGGUGCCGGGAUGGCGCAGCCGCGAGACAGGUCUGCUGGCCUGCGCGACACUCACAUUGCUGGCACGCACCUUCCUGUCGGUUUACGUAGCCGAGCUCGAGGGUCAAAUCGUCAAGCGGAUUGUACUACGCGACGUUCACGGCUUCUCGCACAUGUUGGCGCGUUGGUUCGCCAUCGCGCUACCCGCCACUUUCGUCAACUCCGCCAUCAGAUACCUCGAGGGCCGACUGGCGCUUAGCUUUAGGGAACGUCUGGUGAAGUACGCAUACAAGAUGUACCUGAGUCAGCAGACUUACUAUAGGGUAUCAGCUUUAGACACUAGGCUUGGCGGUGCCGAGCAAAGACUGACGGAUGACCUAUCCGAACUAGCCAGUUCCGUAGCGCACUUGUACUCUAGCUUAACAAAGCCGCUGCUUGACUGCGCCUUGGUGGGCAUCGCCCUUAUUUCCUUCUCCUCGAAAAUGGGCGCUAAGACGAUACCAGGGCCGCUACUGGCGGCAGCAGUGAUCACCCUGACCGGGCAGGUUCUGCGCCUCGCUUCGCCACGAUUCGGUCAGCUGGUCGCGGAGGAAGCGGCACGACGAGGGAAGCUGAGGGAAGCGCACGCCCGUAUCAGCGCCCACGCGGAAGAAAUCGCCUUUUACAGCGGCCACGAUACGGAGCAUCAUUACCUGAACACCGCAUACAAAUCUUUGGUGACACACCUGCAGCGCGUGCUCGCUGUCAAACUGUGGUAUGUAAUGCUAGAACAGUUCCUGAUGAAAUAUGUGUGGUCCGGCACUGGCCUCUUCGUCAUCGCUAUGCCACUACUCUACAACACAGCGGUCUCGUCGUCGACGAGCGAAAUCUCCGGAAACACUGACGGUGGUGUGAGCGAGCGAACGAGGUAUCUGACCACCUCGAAGAACCUCUUGAGCUCCGGAGCAGACGCUGUGGAACGACUGAUGUCAUCUUACAAGGAAUUAGUCGCGCUGGCAGGCUACGCGGCACGCGUCAGCGAGAUGUUGGACGUCUUCAAGGACGCCGCGCUCUGCAAGUACAAAAGGAACGUCGUCACUAGCGGUCCGUCGAGACUCACGAACGGCAAUGUACAUCAAUCCAUGGAAAAAAUAAUUGAAUUCAGUGAUGGCACUCCAGUGAUAAAAGGAAUUGUUCGCGAGAGCACGGACGGCAGUAUAAAGCUUAUCGACGUGCCGAUAGUUACGCCUAAUUGCGAAGUUAUCGUGCCUAGCUUAACGAUCCACAUCAAGCCAGGUGAUCACCUGCUUAUCACUGGACCCAACGGAUGUGGCAAGAGUUCCCUCUUUCGCGUGAUCUCCGGACUCUGGCCUGUGUACGACGGCACUUUAAUCAGACCAGCCGAGAGGAGCUCGUUCAAGCAAGCAAGUAGACCAGCGUUGUUUUACAUCCCACAGAAGCCUUAUAUGACAGUCGGUUGUUUGCGCGAUCAAAUCACCUAUCCGGCACAGUCCAGCAAUUCACGCAACUGCUCGGACGAAGAGCUACUGCAGCUGCUGGAGGACGUGGACCUGCGCGGUCUGGUUGACCGCGAACCCGAGGGCUUCGACGCCCUAGGUGAUUGGGAUUCCACCCUGUCAGGAGGCGAGAAACAACGACUGGCUAUGACACGAUUGUUCUAUCACGCGCCGCAAUAUGCUCUGUUGGACGAGUGUACGAGCGCAGUGAGCCUGGAGGCCGAAGGUGUCAUGUAUGAAAUGGCCAAAAAGAAAGGCAUCACUUUGCUGACCAUCACGCAUCGCGUAGCCUCCCUUGCCAAGUAUCAUCAGCUACUGCUACGUUUCGACGGCGAAGGCAAUUGGACUUUCGGCCCGUUAGACCACAAGAACCUGUUGGUAUCACCGAAUCGAGAAAAACAGCUCAAAGGGGAAGUGGAGCGAGAGGAGGAGGCAAAGACGAGCCACUAUCAGAUGCUGCACGAGCUACGUGAUAUACAUCCCGAGAACAGUUACGUGGGAAUUAGUUGAAAACAGCGAUCUAUAGAAUUUUACGAAAAGAUUUUAUGUAAAAGAUAUAUAUGAUUAAUGGAUUUCGUUUAGUUCAUCAUAAGUGCCUUAGAAAAAUAAUACACAUCGUUACUAUGAAAGAGAAGAAAAACUUGUCGGCACUUGACUGCUCCUGUUGGCUGUAGACAAUUCUUCGAUUUACUACGGCUAUUUUUAAUAAUGUCUUAAUUAAUGGGUAAAAUGAAUGUAAUAUAGUAAGUGAGAAAGAUAUUUGUCUGUUUUAUUUUAAACAAAUUUUUGCGCUAAAUCAACGUAUUAAGAUAUGUAUGUAUUUAUUCUUCAUUUUAGAUUUCAGUUAAAUUUUAUUUCGUAUAUCAUUUGUGAUCUUAUUUGUGAAUGAGAUACAAAUAAUUUUGUGUAUAAUUGUACACCAAUUUAAAAAAGCACGUAUAUUUUCUCUUCUUGUUGGAAUAAACGUACUUUAAAAAAGGCGAUACAUUCAAAUAUCUUUUUCAUCCGCUGCAAAUAUUGUGAUACGGAACAGCCAUUUUUCUGAAGAUGUGCACUUAGAAAACAGGGAUAUAUGAAAGAAAAUUUAAAGUAUAUGCCGGAUGUAACGCGUUAUAUCGAUACAUACUAUUGUUAUCAUUAGGUUUACGGAACGAUUUUAAUCAAGUGUAUCAAAGAAUAAUGUUAUUUAUUAAGAAUAAAAUUUGUAUGCAUCACAUAAACACGA